AUGGGCGAGAAGCAACAGUCACAGUCCACGGUCAUCGCAAAGUUGCAAACGGAGAAGGACAUACUUCUGUUUUCGUUUUUCGCGCUCCUGUUCGUACUUUGGGCCGUUCUUAAAAACAACAACAACAACAACAACAAGGAAAGAAAAGAGGUGAAAAUAAUACGCGUUCAAAAACCAAAGACGAGGAGCGGAACUAUGAUGGAACGAGGUGCCAGCACUCUUACGCAAGUUUUUACGCACCAAAGCGAUGUUUUUCGCGCACAUCUGCUUCCAAAGCUUAACGAUGUUGACGUCAAGUUUUUAAACCUGGUUUCGAGAGAGACGAAAGAAGCUAUUCACCGAGCCCGUAGGAAAACAAAGAAGAAGUCGAGAAUCUCUGAUUUUACUUCUAUUUCGACUUUACGAUACGCCAUGGAUCGCAUUUCAAAGUACGAUUGCAAUGCACCAAGCGAACAAUACGUUUGUUCAGAAGUUGCCGCCACCGGAAGACUCGAUAUUUUGAAGUGGUUGGUGGGUGCGAAGAGGCUUUCGCUGGACGAAAGAACUCUAGAGCAAGCCGCUGAAAGAGGUCAUCUCGAGUGCCUCGUGUACGCGAGAAAAGAACGCGGCUGUCGCUGGACGGAACCUCAUGAAGGGGAAUAUUUUUGUGAAAGUUGCGGUGAAUGGCACGAGGACGAGGAUUUCGAGCCGAGUGACAGACCGAUAGAACUCGCCGCUCUUAACGGUCAUAUCGAAUGCGUAAGAUUUUGCCACGAAGAAGAGUGUCCUUAUCAAGACGAGCAGUUGGCAAUAAAUACCGUUCUUUCGCAAAAUAUUGACCUUCUGGAGUACGUGCACGAAACGAUGGAAGUUGAAUUGUUUUGCGGUUGGCAAAGUAUCGUCGAGGAAGCGGCUGAAAUUGGAUUCCUCGAAGGAUUGAAAUACUUGAAAGAACACUCCGAAUCCGAAUGGGAGGAUGUCGACCAAGAAGUAGCGUGUACUCUUGCCGCUGCAAAUGGGCAUCUCCAAUGUCUAAAAUAUCUUCAUGAAAAUGAGUUCGCGUGGGACGCAAACGUGUGUAAUUCCGCGUACAAAAAUGGUCACAUGGAAUGUUUCGAGUUUACGAGAUCGAAAGGCUGCGCUUUCGACGAGUCUCUUUUGAGAGGUACCUUUUGA